CAUUCUUUGAUGCAAAUGAUCCAACUUUCAGGCCCAAGAAGCCCAUACCCAGUUUCAUUUUGCAGGAGAAUAAUGUCGGUAGCUUCUGAUCAAGCCACAAGUAUCUGCAGUUACUGUGACAGAGUAAUUCCUUGUUCCAAUCUCGAUUUGCAUGUUGCUCACUGCUCCAGGAAGCUUGAAAAAUGUAAAAUUUGCGGGGAUGUGGUUCCAAAAAAACAUGCAGAAGAACAUUUCUUGAGCACUCAUGCUCCGGUAGCCUGUUCUUUGUGUAGUGAGACAAUGGAGCGUGAGGUAUUAGGUGUUCACAAAGGUGAAAAUUGUCCACAAAGAAUUGUAACAUGCGAGUAUUGCGAGUUUCCUUUGCCUGCAAUUGAUUUAUUUAAGCAUCAGGAAGUAUGUGGGAAUAGAACAGAACUCUGUCAUAUGUGUAGCAGAUAUAUUAGGCUCCAUGAAAGAGAUGUCCAUGAGAGUAGAUGCAAUGGAGGCACAAAUGUCAUUGCAGAAUCUUCCAGUGGUCUAUGGAUUUUGUCACAAUGAUAAGUGAGCACUGACUUACAAGACUUGGAACCCCUUCGUUAACCACACACCCCUCCAAUUUGAAGACAAAAAGAAAACAUAAAUGUGGAAACAUUCUGUAUAGAUGCACUGUGGUGUGUGGCCAUGAUAUAGUGAGCCUAACCUCAUCAUGGCUAGAUAUGAAGGGUCCUUGGUUAGUGAUCAUGACUAAUAAACCUGACAUCAUAUAAGGUAUUUGGUUCCAGCUUGUAAUCUUUUCUUGAUAUGGUUUUGAGUCAACAACUGUUGCUCGCAACAUGUCAUGUUUGCUGAUUAGCAACUGUGACAAGGCAUGCUACCAUGUAAUACUUUUCUGCUCUUCGAAUCAAUCCAACUUGACAGAAGCUCGUCUUGAUGUGAAAAUCAGUAUUCUUUUUAUACAUAGCAACUAAAACACUACAUGGUGUACUAGUUACGUUGGUUUUAACACAUGAAUAAUUCACUUAACCAA